AUGGACAUCGUGAACGCUAAAAUAUCUCCCGACAAUUACACAAGAAAUGCCAUAACUGUCGGGGGAGCACUGGGUCCAUUGCUCACCGCGAGCAAGGACGAUAACUUUCGGAUCACUGUCAAUGAUAAGUUGAAUGACUCGACCAUGUUGAAGUCCACUUCCGUUCAUUGGCAUGGUUUGUUCCAACAUCGGACUGCUGACAUGGACGGAGUUGCUUUUGUUUCGCAGUGCCCAAUCGCUCCGAACAACUCCUUCACUUAUCAUUUCGCGACGGCUGGACAAACGGGCACCUAUUGGUACCACUCUCAUUAUUCUACCCAGUAUUGCGAUGGACUGAGGGGUCCCAUUGUCAUUUACGAUCCCAAUGAUCCUCAGGCGUAUCUCUACGAUGUUGAUGACAGCUCCACAGUCAUCACACUUGCAGACUGGUAUCAUACCGCGUCGCAAUUGGUCUUCAACAAGACAAGUGGUGUCAGUCCCACUCCCGAUUCCAACCUGAUCAAUGGAAUUGGCAGAUACAAUGGCUCUACAAAUGACCUUGCCGUGAUUUCUGUCACGCAUGGAAAGAGGUACAGGCUUCGAAUCGUCAACAUGGCUUGCCACCCCAAUUACGUAGUUUCUAUCGACAACCAUACGCUGACAGUGAUCGAGACCGAGGGUACUGCACAUCGGCCUGUCACAGUCGAUUCGAUUCAGAUCUUCUCUGGCCAACGAUAUUCAGUCGUGGUCACUGCCAACCAAAUGGUCGGUAAUUACUGGAUUCGAGCCUCGCCUUCAACUGGCACGUCUGGAUUCACGGGAGGUAUCAACUCCGCAAUUCUUCGAUAUGUGGGUGCUGCGAAAGAGGAGCCUUCUGGUACGACACAGACAGUAGGUACGACGCUCAAUGAGACCAGCUUGAUACCGCUCGAAAAUCCGGGAGCGCCCGGAGGGUCUAAUCCAGCAGAUGUUUCCAUUAACAUUGCAAUUGCAUUCACCAAUGCCUCGUUUUCGAUUAAUGGCGUAGUUUACAAGUCACCCACUGUGCCAGUCCUGCUCCAAAUCAUGAGUGGCGCAAGCUCCGUGUCUGAUUUGCUCCCUUCGGGUUCAAUUUACUCUCUUCCUUCGAACAAGACCGUUGAAAUAACCAUACCUGGGGGAACCGCUGGCGCCCCACAUCCAUUCCACCUUCAUGGGCAUAAUUUCCAUGUAGUUCGGAGUGCUGGAUCUACUACAUACAAUUAUGUCAAUCCUCCAAGACGAGAUGUUGUUUCGACGGGAUCUUCAACAAGUGACAAUGUUACUAUCCGAUUCCAGACGGACAAUCCUGGACCUUGGUUCUUGCACUGCCAUAUCGAUUGGCAUCUUGAAGGCGGACUGGCCAUUGUGUUUGCGGAGAACAUCGCGGCGCAAGUCAAUGGUACGAACAGUGAAAUCAUUGAUACAGAGUGGGAAAAACUGUGCCCAAUCUAUGAUGCUCUUCCCUCUGAUGAUUAUUGA